AUGGCGCAGACAGUGCAGAGAGGAAAACGAAAGCAGCCCGGGCAAGACCAGGAAUCCGACGCGACACCCCCGCCCGCGGCGAAGAAGCCACGUACCGCCACGGCGCGCAAGAGCACCGGGGGCAACCCGCCUCGAGGCCGACGCUCGAGUGGUGGUGGCGGUGGUGGCGGUGGUGGUGGCGGCGGAGGAGGAGGCGGUGGUGGUGCGCCAGGACAUGACGACGACCAGGUGCCCCGUCGCAAAAAGCGGUUCCGGCCGGGAACGGUCGCGCUGCGCGAAAUCCGCAGGUACCAGAAGAGCACGGAGCUGCUCAUCCGCAAGCUGCCCUUUUCGCGCGUGGUGCGCGAGAUCGCGCUGGACAUGAUGACGGACACGAUCGAGUAUGGCGACGCCGGCCUGCGGUGGCAGAGCUCGGCCAUCCUCGCGCUGCAGGAGGCGACCGAGGCGUAUCUGGUCCACCUCUUCGAGGACGCGUAA